CGCCAGGCAGCGCCCGAGCAAUCUAUUUGCGGCAAGCCGAGGCCACGCAGCGACUCGCAGCUCCGCACCACCCCCGCGGUUAUCUCCCCGCGCAGGUGACCGCUAUCUAUAGCCCGCCAUGCCCUGCUUCCUGGGGCUCGCCGUGAGCAUCCACACGCCCAACGGGCCGCUGUCCGAGCACUCGAUACAGAAGCAGUCCAAAUUCCACCGCAUCACGUCGUACAUCCCCGUGCCGCCCGCCAAAGUCCCGCCUGGGGCGACCAAGCCCGAGCAGUCCACGUUUGCCAUCUCCAUAACGCUGCUCACCCCCGGCCUGCAUGUGCCGUACUCGGCGCCCAAGCCCUCGCUCGAAGACGCCAGCCCGAAGCCGAAGGUCGUCGGCGGCCUGCCAGGCUUCACCGGCGAGCGGGGCAAGUAUGGUGCCGCCAUCGCGCCGUACAAGCCCCUCACCAGUUCGCCGAACGAGACGAUCGCCGCCUACAUUUACUUCGACGGACGGGCAAAAGAGGAGGUUGCAACACUGUUACGGCGCGGGGAGGAGACAUGGGUGAAUUCUCGCUGGGUCAGCGUCCCCGAAUCCGAGGGCGGAGGGCUGGCCGAGCGCGAGUUUCUGUUCCGCGAGGUCGGACUCGAGCGCUGGCUCAACGGACUCGACCUGGAGGGCUCGGAUAAAAACGUGGCUGCGAAGAUCGAGCGGAGACGACAGCGCCUGGAGAAGAAGCGCAGGAAGAAGAGGGAGGCGCUCGGCAGCAGCGACGAGGACGAGAGCAAGCCGUCGCGGAAUGGUGUUCUCCGCUACGGCGACGAGAAGGACGCGCCGGUGGAGGCACUAUCAGGGAACGACGACUUUUUCACUUCAGAUUCCGAUUCUGACGACGAGCCGCCCGUACCAGAAGCCGCAGGCCAGAUCAAGGUUGCCCUGUUCCGCGUUCUAGCAUCGGGCGAGAUCAAGCGUGGAGAGUACUCUCCGCAGUUUGACGCGCACGAUGACGACGACCCGAACGGCGGCGGUGAUGGAGAGGAUAUCGACCACACCACAAGUUUCGCCAAACCGAAGACGCUGGACCCCAAGUCGAUCAGCACCCAGACUGUCACUGGCAUCGACCCUCCAGACAAGCCAUAUGCCGUUUUCACGUUUUUGUACCGUGGAGAGCGCCAACUGCGGAAGAUGGGCAUUCUUGAGACCAGCGAGAAGAAACCUACUGUAGUCUCGCCGGCGGCACGUCGGAAGUCAGGACUGGACCUCAGCAGCCUCAAGCCUCUGGACGCCGCCAAAGGCACGAAGAACUUUGGGGGUUACCGCGACAUGCAGUCUCCAAAGGCCAAGGAGAAGAGCGAGGACGCCAUGGACAGCGAUGCGGACGACGAGGAUGAGGCACGUCCUGACGAUGCCGAGGACGAAAGGGAUGUCGUAGACAAGGGCAUGCUCUCGCCCGAGGAUGCGGCCAAACAGGGAGAACUUGCGGAGGGUGUCCGAAAGAUCAAGCUAAAGCGACAGCAUUCCGCCGAGCCUCUGGCACGCGGCACGCCCGCAGGCGACUCAUCAUCCGGGUCGCCUAUCUCGGGCACACCCGCUCCCGGCAACGCCGCGGCCGAAGGGUCCCAGUCCGCAACCGCAAGCACAGAGGCCGAAAGCAGCAUCGCGUCGCCAUUCAAGAAGCACCGAGCCUCCCUGCCCGGCUUCGACGAGAACGUGCGCAAGAGCCUCGGACAGGCGCUCCUCGGGGCGCAGAAAGAGCGCGGCAACUCCGAAGGCACCAUCCCCACGACAACGGCCGAGUCCAAGAUGGAGGAAGACGACGAGUUGUGACUGUGGGAGAUGCGUCUGCAGAGCGCGCUGGGAUGACGACGGCCGCGGCGCCGAGUCCCUGGAAAACGUCUCUUUCUCAAUAACUAUACCACGCGGCGCCACGAUACAUGGG